AUGCUCACCUUAGAUCGGAGACGCCCAGCAUGGACCGCUGACUGGUCGAUCACGAAGGCGAAUGGUUCGAAUGUCUCAUUCGGAUCGAAGGAACCAUUCGAGAUAUGGCGCGAGUUCCCGCGUUAUCGACAGACAUUCACCCAUAUCUCGAAUGGUUCCUCCGAAUGUGACAUUCGAACCAUUCGCCCUCGUGAUCGACCAGUCAGCGGUCCAUGCUAG